UCUUCCAUUUGAUCCAGAUAUUUCUGUGGAGAAAAAAAGACUUGGCAAAAGAUGGCUCUAUUGAAAUGCGGCUGGCUCUGGAGACAGAGUUCUAUUCUGCGACGCUGGAAAAGGAACUGGUUCGUGCUGUGGGCGGACGGCAGCCUCGUCUACUACCAAGAUGAUACCGGCCGCGAAAUGGACGGAAGAAUUAACAUCAGAUCCAAUUGCCGAGACGUCAGGACAGGCCGCGAAUGCCGUGAUAUCCAGCCUCCGGAAGGGAAAACCCGGGAGUGCCUGUUGUGCGUUGUGCAAAGGGCUGGGCCCAAGACCAUGCUGUGCGCUGAGAGCGAAGACGAUGCGUUGUAAGUUGUGGGAAGCGAGGACAGAAAAAUCAAGAUAGCUGAAGCCCUGACCCUUUUUGUGAUGGGUAGGGUUUCAGUCAUAUAAUCUUGACAUUUCUGAAACCACUCAUGGUCCAUCUGCAACGCAGUGGCCACACCCAAGGACCGGUCAUGGGAAAUGGUGUUUUUUAGUUUUUAUUUAUUUAUGACUAGCUGUACC